UCCAUGUCUCUCUCUCACAGUCGUCUCCAUGGACGGCUCGUGCCGCGGUCCUCUUCCUUACUACUUCCCAGAGCACAUUUCAACAUGACAUGAGAAGAAGAAGAAGCGGACUCCGGCUCCUCCAGCGAGAAGCUCAGCGGUUUUACCCAACAGCCCUCGCAGCAUCCUAGCGGUACCAAUUUCCAACUUUUCUUUUUUCUUUCUUUCUUUUUUUUUCUUUCUUUCUUUUUUUUUUUUUUUACAUUCCCCCUGCUCCCCUGGAUCACCUCACCACCACCCCCGUACUUCUUCAUCCGUUCCCGGGACACAAGUCAAUUUCCUUGGGAUUUAAAGGAGGGUUUUUUUUUUUUUUUUUGAAUUAUUAUUAUUAUUUCGUACUUCGGGGAUCCGCAUGGAUGUGGCAGCGGGAGAGGGGAUGUCUCUGCCGGGUGUCCGACUCUGGAAUCGGCCGGCUCAAGUGAUACCGACCCCGAGGAAGGUCAGGGCGAGACGGAAAAGACGAAAGGAGUUGGUUUUGAUCCAGAUAUGCCUGUUCGGCGGCUUGCUCCUGGUCGUGAAGGGGCUUUCCUACUUAACGGAACAUUCAGGUUUCGAUGUCUCCAGCCACAGCAGCAGGGACCAGGAGAGAUGGGGAGGGAGGAGGCUACUGCAGGAAAUGGACAACGGCAGCCUGGAGGAAAUGGAGAGUGAAGGAUCUAAGAACUGCACUGCUCCAGCCCUGCACGAGUUCCCUACAGACCUCUUCACACACAAAGAAAGAACAGAAGGAGCUGUGGCCCUGCAUGUCCUGUGUACCAUUUACAUGUUCUGUGCCCUGGCCCUCGUCUGUGAUGACUACUUCGUCCCCUCUCUGGAAAAGCUGUGUGAGCGUCUCAAUCUCAGUGAGGAUGUAGCAGGUGCCACGUUCAUGGCCGCCGGCAGCUCAGCCCCUGAGCUGUUCACAUCCAUCAUAGGGGUGUUCAUCACUAAAGGUGACGUGGGUGUGGGGACCAUCGUGGGAUCAGCUGUCUUCAACAUCCUCUGCAUCAUCGGUGUGUGUGGCUUCUUUGCAGGGCAGGCAGUGAAGCUCUCUCACUGGGCCCUACUCCGGGACUCAACCUAUUACACGUUUUCUGUCACAGCCCUCAUUGUGUUCAUCUACGAUGAGAAGGUGUGCUGGUGGGAGUCCCUUGUCUUGGUCCUCAUGUAUGCAGUCUACAUCCUCAUCAUGAAGUUUAAUGGCAGGGCACAGCGCUACUUUGACCGUCGAAAGAAGAACUCUAUGAAUCUGGCCAAUGGGCUGACAGGGAGCACUGAUCUGGAGGAUAACGUCACAUGCGAUGCCACUGCAGUCCUACUUAAGAAAGCUAACUUCCACUGUAAGCCGUCGGUGCUGAUGGUGGACGAGCUGCUGUCUGCAUACCCCCACCAGCUGUCCUUCUCUGAGGCCGGCAUGAGGAUCAUGAUCACCAGUCAUUUCUCCCCCAGAACCCGCCUCACCAUGGCUUCACGCAUGCUUAUCAAUGAGAGACAAAGACUGAUCAACACUACUGAGACUCGAGUCAACCGCAUCACCAACGGCGACUCUGACUCAGGCGCCAGGGCUCAGGGAAGGCGGGGCUUAGAAAAUGGAAUGGGCGGGGCUGAGCAGGGUCUGAACGGGAGGUGCAGACUUCAGCGACUGGAGUCUGGGAACGAGACAGAGAACGAAAAUGAGGAUAAUGAGAACAACGAGAACGACGAGGAGGGAGAGGGAGAAGAUGACGGGAACGGCCCCAUGGUGCCUUUCAAAGUUCCAGCUGGGGCGUGUGACAAGCUAAAGUGGAUGGUCAUGUGGCCGCUGUCCCUGCUUCUGUUCUUCACUGUGCCCAACUGUGCCAAGCGUCGCUGGGAGAGAUGGUUCUUGGUCUCCUUCUUCACUGCCACCGUCUGGAUCGCUGGCCUGUCCUACAUCAUGGUCUGGAUGGUGACUGUGAUUGGCUUCACUCUGGGAAUUCCUGACGUUAUUAUGGGAAUCACCUUCCUCGCAGCAGGCACCAGCGUCCCAGACUGCAUGGCUAGUGUUAUAGUGGCACGGCAAGGUAUGGGAGACAUGGCCAUCUCCAACUCCAUAGGCAGUAAUGUGUUUGACAUCCUGGUCGGCCUGGGCCUGCCGUGGGCACUGCAAACACUCUGCAUCGACUACGGCUCCAUCAUUCAUCUCAACAGCCGAGGACUCAUAUUCUCUGUUGGACUCUUACUAGCCUCAGUAUUCUUCACAGUUCUCGGUGUCCAUUUGAACAAAUGGACUCUGGACUGGCGACUGGGUUUGGCCUGCCUCAUCUUGUACGCCAUCUUUCUAUGCUUCUCCGUCCUCAUCGAGUUCAACGUCUUCAUCUUCGUCAACCUUCCUAUGUGCAGAGACAUCCACUGACCUCCCUCCUCCUCCUCCUCCUCCUCCUCCUCCUCUACUUCUUGUUCUCCUCCCUCUGGUUAACGGAGGAAACCUCACCUGGCUUCCAGUUUCUCAGCGCUUUUUUUUCCUCGAGGUAGGAGUUUACCGACUCCUACCUUUUAUUUAUUUCAGAUAGGAAAAUAGAGCUCUCUAUGAUUUAUCGUUGGUGCAAUACACACACGAGAGGAAUGAACCAAAAGGUUGGCUGGAGUGAACUCAACUGUAUUAACACCACCAGUUAGGCUGCUGUUGGUGAUGAAGCUGCUACUGUAACUGACUGACUGACUGGUAGAAAGAGAGGAAGCCUGAGCUAACAGCGACUUUUAGCUGGAUUGUUUGUUACUCUUUGUAGAAGUUUGGAUAUAAGCACACUAUUAAGAUAUUUUUAAGUGAAACUGGCUUUCUCUGUAUAUAUUUGAGGAUUAUAUAAGUACUAGUAUUAGUUGAUAUAUGCAGAACUGGAUCAGUCUUGCAAAACUGAAUGAUCCCAUGUCAGUGACAAUGUUUUAUGUUUAAAUGAAUUGGUCUGCCAGUAAUACACUCAAAAUGCUUCAA